CAAAAAUGGCGUUAAUUGUUUAACGUCAGUUUAUUGAAAAUGAAAAAUAAAUAAAAAUGUUUGGAAUUGUUAAUAAUGUGUUUUUAUGUUUUACCGUUGUUCUCAUCAACUCGCAGACAUGUAUAACAGAACCAUUGUCACCGCCACCAGCUCUGAUGCUGUAUAGUCCCGGAGAUUUGGAGUACACUGACAUACUGGUGAAGAGGGUGUUGGAUAAUUUGACACUGAUAUGUGAACUGAGAGGUGAUACCACACCUAGAGUUUACGUAUGGAAUUACGUUGGAAAUGGCACUGUUAAUGAAAGGCCGUUCACAAUAGAGCCAAGUGGUGCGAGCAACUCUAGCCAGCUGCAGCGUCGGGGACUCCAGAUGAGUGACAGUGGACACUACAUGUGCUCAGCUCCACCCUUCAGUGUCACCAAAUAUGUACUUGUGCAACCUAGAGGACCGAAUAAGUGCGCCCGCGGUGCGUUCGCAUGCGAGUCCCGAUGUGUGCUGGCGAACUAUGUAUGCGACGGGUGGCGCGACUGUCUACACGCCGAAGAUGAGGCGCCUGCGCUCUGCUCUGCACGACCCUGUGCACGUAGCGACAAAUUGAAUUGUUCAUCUGGUCGGUGUAUAUCAGAGGCGGCGUGCUGCCGGGGCGGAGACCCGCUGUGCCGGCAGCCCGACUGCUGCAGCGAACAUCCCAGAUACUCACGACUUGAGAGCUACGUGGAGAUGGAAUAUCCACCACUGUUCGAAGACCAUCACGCGCCAGAUGAGAACAGCUUCAUACAGUCUACCAUUUAUACUGUUACAGCUUGUGCGCUGAUCUUCAUGAUAGCGGUGGUACUUCUGGUGUCUGCGAUCUGUAAGAUGCACAUGAAGCGCGCCGCACUGCGCAGCUACGCGCACGCAGAGCGCGCAACUGCGCACCACUACAACGUGCAGUACGCACAGGCGGCACGUUUCCCUCCAUGUUAUGAAGCUUCAAGAUUAUUGGAACAGUCGCGAGAGGUCGCUGUCAGUCCUACAAGAGACGUACAAAACUCAGAUGCAGUGUCUCCGUGUGAGGAGUGUCCGGAUGGUGCAGCAUCACAGCCGGACUCUUCUGCAGCUGGUUUCGGACUCGCUCGUCUCUCUGCUAUAUUCUCUUCAAGAUAUCGACAGGUACCGACUCAGUGUUGCGAUGUGGAGAUGACUGAUGUACGUUCUUCUUCCUUGACCUCGUCUCCGUCUCGUGCUCGUCCCGCUCUGCCUGACUACCGCAGCCCCACUUACUGUGACCUAGCACAUUUACGUCUAGAUGAUGCCACAGAUCUUAACUACAUGGCAACACCGGUAGAAUUCUUCAGACGUCGAGCUCUCCGCAGGAAUACCCUCGAAAGAGUCAUACAUCACAUCAAUCAGGCUCAAAGACCUCUCACUCUCCAAUUAGGUAGGUUCCAACUUAGUAUACCUAGAUUUGGACGCAGAUCGUCUAAUGAACCCAGACCGGACACACCUAAUGUUGCUGAAAUUAAUAUAGAAGAUCUAGAUUUUGUUCGUCUAAAUUCAAAUGAAACAUACACUUUAAAUGGACGUACUAUUAGACUUUUAGGAGCUAAUUUUGAGAAUUAUCCAGUACUUGCUGAUGAUUCAGUCCGGCCACCUCCGUAUACUGAAGCUAUGAGAUACAAACUGUACGGUCCACCACCGGAAUACUUAAGUAGGGAAAGAUUAAAUAAUGAUAGAGAUAAUACUAACGUUGAUGAAGAAGCUAGAAAUAAUAUUGAAAUGCCACCGUGUUAUGAAGAUUUAGCUUCAGGUGUUGAUGCUAACGCUAAUUUAUCAACUGUAGCAACAGUUAUUGAUAACGGUGAUACAAAUAUAGCUGUUAACGAUAACGGUAAUACAGUUGUUGAAACUUUGAGUUCAGUUAUUGAUAAUUUACCAGCUAUUGAUAGCGAUAUAAACGCCAAUGAAACUCUGGUCGAAGUUAAUGAUUAAGUUUAGCAUCAAAUAUACUUUAAAGAUCUUAUAUAACCAUAAAUCUGUUAUUGACAGAUUUUUUGGUCCUUCAUAACUCGCAUACGUAAUUGUUUUCGAAAAAAAAGUAUGCAUUUUUUUAAACACUUCAAGCCCUUCGUACACAGCAAUUUAAAUCGUCGAAACUUAUAUUGAAUCG